CAGGCAGCAAGAUAGCAACUGAGUUUGGCAAAUGUCACUGCUAACGCGAAUUUUAUUCAAUGAAAUACAUCUUGGGUGCUUUCAGUUGAUUGUGACGCUUUGAUGAAGAUUUAAAAGUAACAGCAUUUAGCCCGAUUUAGCUGCCAUGUUUGGCUUUCGUCUGUUUGUUUUUUUUAAACUGGGGAGGGGUAAAUUAGCAAAUUAGCUAACGGCAACCAUCCUUCUCCCAAAGAUGUCUUUUCAAGAGUCACCUCGUCCUUCUGAUGAAGAGGAGGCUUUCUACGUGCACUGCAGAGCCGCAUACCUAGCUGUGUUCAGAUCCAGUUUGACAAACAUUUCCUCGAAACAGCAACUAUGUCGUGCUCUCCAGCAGGCUGGUAGAAAUCCAUCCCAUGCGACUCUUAAUAAAUACUGGAAACAGAGAACAUCUAAACUGAACUUUGAUGACUUCUGUGAGAUUCUAAAGAAUGAGAAGAAAACUGAGGAGACAGAACUGAUGAGAGCAUUCAAAAAGAUGGAUGUGAACAGUGAUGGCUACAUCUCACACAGCGAACUGGAGAAGGCUCUUACCACUAGAGGAGACAAAAUGACCCCUGAGGAGGUGAAUGCUAUUUUCUCAAUGGCUGACAUCAACAAAGAUGGCAAACUGGACUAUACAGAAUUCUGCAGAUUGCUUGUGUCUACAGUGGAGCAGUGUCAGGUGGCUGCUUUGGAGAGGCUCGAGGCUAAUGCCAAGCUGAAGAGACAGAACUUUGGCAGUCAGUCAUACAGCCCUCCGAAGAGCUCAGUGUCAUCAGCAGCACCAACGGCAACACAGGCGACUGCAACUGUCCCUCAGCCUCCAGAAACACCUCGGGCAGAAUCAGACACGACACUCAAGAAAGACAGCAGAUCAUCCUCCCGUCCUUCUUCUGCCCGCAGCAGACGCUCAUCCUUGUCCAACUCAAUCACUAUGACAACCAGCAGUGCUAAGGCCAGCAAAAUACCAGAGCCUUCAGGCUUACAGGAGUGGCAUCACAGUAAUAUGAAGGGCUGUUUCUUCUUGGAGGAUGAUGGGAGCAUCAGCUCUCUCCAGUACCAGCUCCACAUCCCCCAGACAACCAACGUCUACCUAACCAUCCAGCCACUCAGCCUGAGCCACGGACCUGACAAGCCUUCUUCCUGGAUGACAGUGGACACAGCUGUUUUUGUAAUGUCAGCUGGUGAAACCAAAGAGGAUUCAACUUUAGUGUGUUUCACUGAGUCUAAAGACAAAGAAAAGUAUGUUUGGAAAGGAGAACUGCAUGCUGGGACUUACUACCUGCUGCCCUUCACUAGUGGCUGCAAAUUAAAGAAAAGAAGCAAAAAGAGCCCUUCCAAUAAACCCAUAGAGCUUGUCUACAGGACUGACACAGGAGAACUCGACCUCACCAGGGAACUCAGGGAGGUGCUGUGUGACAUCUUUCAGGUGAUAGACCUGGAUGGGAAUGGUUUGCUCAGUCUGGAGGAGUACAAUUUCUUUGAGCUGAGGACCAGUGGAGAGAAAUGUGACAAGGAUGCCUGGGCUGUCUGCAAAGAGAACUUUGAUAUGAGGAAGAACCAGCUGACACAGCAGGGCUUCAUGGAGCUGAACCUGAUGGAGGCUACAGAGAAAGAUGGAGAUCCUGCAGACCUGUGGGUCACCCUGGAAGCCAUGGGCUACAACAGAAUGCUGGAGCUGGUAGAGGCUUGUCCAUUCCAGAUAGACGUCCACUGUGAAGGCAAUCAGCCGUCCGUCCAGCCAACCAGUAUGGACUCAGGGCCCAAGCUGCUGAACCAGGUCCUCCAGAAGUCCAUCACAUCCAGGACAGGGGCCAAAGCUCUGAGGGGGCAAGACAACAUUUUCAUCUACACCUACAGAGGAGAACACAGGAUCUCCUCUCUCAUUGCCAACAAGACGAACCAGAAAGUGACUGUCCAUGUGAACAAUGAGCAGAACAGGAACUGCUGCAGCAGCAGAGGCAUGAGUGUGUUUGCUGUCGAAGUGCCAGCAAGGACCAAGAUGGUGUGCCAACACAUACUCCCUAUCAAUGAGAGACAGGAUUGGACCUACAACUGUGUGGAGACUAUAUUACCUUGCACGUAAAGCUGUACUCCAGAGCAGACUGAGACCCUCUGCCUGUGUGUGGCAAGAACAAUGCUUCAGAAGCUCAGUGACUUUGUGCAUCAGAGCUAUUAACCUGUAAUUGCAGCAAGAGAUGGUAACUGCAGUCAUACAGGCCAACUAAUAAUGGUUGUUACUACUUUUGUUUUGCCUUUGGUAAGUUUCCGAAUUCCCUUUACAAUUAAUUGACAUUUAACAUGCUUAGAUCAACUGUUAAAUUGCCAGUAUGACAUUUUUAUUUGUAAUUUUGCCUUUUUAAUGGUGGCGUUUUAUUCAUCUCAUCAUCCAUUAGCAAGAUUAGCUGCGGACAGACAGACAGACAAACAGAUUCACACACACACACACACACACACACACACACACACACACACGACCGAAUGCAUCAUAUUAAUAACGAUGGUGAUUAUGAUAAUAACUUUCAAAAAAGGAAUACAUUUCUAAAGAAGUCUACUUAUGUGUCUGUUACUUUAUGUAAUAGUAAAAAAUAUAUAUAUACAUUUAGUCGUAGGAAUUUGAAUUAUUUUUUAAAUCAUAAAAUAUUUACCAUAUUCAUAUUCAUUAACUUACAUGUAGGUUUAAACAUCACAAUUUUGGUUCCCCAAUCACAAUGCAAUUAAAGAAGAUUCAAAAAAGCUUUUGUAGCUAUUUUUUUUUUCAUGUCACAAUAUGCAGUCAUGUUAUUGUAGAGGCUCAAACAGGCUUUCUAAGAUUUUAUUUUCUUGUGUUUUAUAUAUAUUUUACUUUCAUAAAAAUAUUUUUAUCAGUUUGCUUACUUUGCUAUUAUAAAAAUAUUCUUACCACAUUUUCCUUAACUGAUUUCUCUUUGGUUUACGCUUUUCAAUGCAUUCCUUGAUUAUGCCCUACAUCAACAACCUGGUUCAACAGAAAAUACAUUAAGAAUAAAGGGAGAUGUUCUACAAAUUGUACUUCCCUGUGGAUUUAAGUACUUUGAUCCAGCAGGUUUACAGUGUUUGGAUUGUCUUUCCUGGAAAGUCACCUCAGUAGAUUUGUAUGCAUUAAAUCAUAGGAAAUCUGAA